GCAACUACAGACUGCACCAUGCGCUUCCCAACGCUGAUCAUCCUGCUGAUCCUAUCUUGUCUUUGCCUUGCACUGGCACAAAAGACUUUUGACGACUGCUGUUUGAAGUAUGUGACAAAAAUGAGCAAAGGCACUCAAAGACACGCAGUGACGUACAGAUGGCAGGUGACAGAUGGAGGCUGCAACAUCCCUGCUGUAAUCUUCACCAUGAAGAAGGGGAGGGUGUUUUGCACAAACCCCAAAGACACAUGGGUCAAAGAACUGAUGAGCAAGAUUGAUGAAAAAAUACAAAAACAGGACCACAAGAAACACAGGCAGCCUCAAUCGUUGAACAGAGGCUGAGGGUGACCACCUGUGACAAUGGACCCCAGUCAUCUUUCCUCCAUCUGCCAAAUCUUAUCAAGCAACACAUGGUUUUAUGGUGACUUACUGGAAGGCAAUCGAGGAAGCUGGCCAAGGAAAUCUUGUAGCAUCACUUUUGCUUUCACUCUGCAGUCAGAUAAAGGUCAAAGCUUGGGUAGAAUCACAGCAACACUUGUUCAGGGUUGGACUGCUAAUGCCGACUGACCACGACACACAUAUAAAUGCCUUCCAUAGCAUGGCUGCUUCAAUGAGAAUAUUUGCGACUGUUUUCACGAGGUAUU